AUGGGUGACUUUAACAACGAUACUUGGCCUGAUAUUGCUGUUGCUAAUUAUGCUGCUGACAAUAUAGCUAUAUAUUUUGGAUAUGGCAAUGGCACUGUGGCAAGUCCAGUCAAGUAUUCCACCGGUUCUGGCUCUGCUCCAUCCAUGAUCGCUGUUGGUGAUUUCGACAAUGAUCGUCGACUGGAUGUCGCUGUGGCAAAUUUUGGCACAAACAGCGUCGGUAUACUUCUUAGAUUUCAAAACGGGUCUUUUGAGAGUCAAACAGCUCUAUCAACUGCAUCAUCUCGUCCUGUGUGGAUUCAUGUAGCAGAUCUGAACAACGAUACAGCACUAGAUAUUGUCACCGUCGACUGCGGGACACACAGUGUAAGUACAUUUUAUGGAUAUGGAAAUGGAAGCUUUUCAAGACCAAGUACGUACUUCACGGGCUAUGAUUCUUUUCCGUUUGCAGUUGUUAGUGGUGAUUUCAACAAUGACAAGCAGAUGGAUCUUGCUAUAGCCAAUUAUGGUACAAACAAUGUCUGUAUACUGUUUGGAAAUGGUAACAGUACUUUCAUGAAUCAAAGCACUUUUUCAACUGGUCGUAACUCCCAUCCAUACUCACUUGCGGUUGGUUAUUUAAACGAAGAUGCCAUGCUAGAUAUCGUUGUCACUUGUAAUGGAAAUAACAGUGUAGUUGUAUACCUGGGCCACGGCAAUGGCACUUUUAUGAGCGAAAUCACAUAUUCAAUGGGCAGUGCUUCCCCAUAUUCUAUUGGAAUUGGUGACUUCAACAAUGACAAUCGAAUGGAUUUAGUAGUCACGAAUAAAGGCACCGACAAUAUAGCUCUACUUGUCGGAUAUGGUAGCGGUACCUUUGCAAGUCCAAAAAUGUAUUCAACUGGAUCUUCUUCGUCCAUUUCGAUCACCAUAGGUGAUUUAAACAGAGAUGAUCGUUUAGACAUUGUCGUUAUCAACAAUGAUACGAGUACCAUAGGUAUCAUGCUUGGCUACGAUGAGUUAUUUCCGAUUCAAGCGACAUAUUCGACUGGCUUUGCACCAUACUCUGUAGCUGUGGGUGAUUUUAACAACGACAUCCAUCUGGAUAUCGUUGUUGCUAAUAGGGAUGACGACACUGUAAGUGUUCUUCUGGGACAUGGAAAUGGAUCUUUUGCAAAUCAAAUAACAUAUUCAACUGGCUCUUACCCACAGUCUGUAGCUGUUGGUGAUUUUAACAACGACAUCCAUCUGGAUAUCGUUGUUGCUAAUAGGAAAGACGGCACUGUAGGUGUGCUUCUCGGAUAUGGAAAUGGCUCUUUUGCAAAUCAAAUGACAUAUUCAACUGGCUCUUACCCACAAUCUGUAGCUGUUGGUGAUUUUAACAACGACGUCCAUCUGGAUAUCGUCGUCGCUAAUUACGGUGACACCACUGUAAGUGUCCUUCUCGGAUAUGGCAAUGGCUCUUUUGCAAAUCCAAUGACAUAUAAGACUGGCACUGCGCCAAGAUCUGUAACUGUUGGUGAUUUUAGCAACGACACCCUAUUGGAUAUUAUCGUUGCUAAUUGGGGUGACAGCACUGUAAGUGUCCUUCUCGGAUAUGGCAAUGGCUCUUUUGCAAAUCAAAUGACAUAUUCAACUGGCUUUUCACCAUACUCUGUAGCGAUUGGUGAUUUUAACAACGACACCCAUCUGGAUAUCGUUGUUGCUAACAGUGGUAACGACACUGUAAGUGUCCUUCUCGGAUAUGGUGAUGGCUCUUUUGCAAAUCAAACUACAUAUUCAACUGACUCUGCGCCAACAUCUGUAGCUGUUGGUAAUUUUAACAACGACACCCUAUUGGAUAUUAUCGCUACUAAUUUGGGUGACAACACUGUAAGUGCUCUUCUCGGACAUGGAAAUGGAUCUUUUGCACAUCAAACGACAUAUUCAACUGGCUCUGGCCCACUAUCUGUAGCUGUUGGCGACUUUAAUAACGACACUCGACUGGAUCUCGUCGUCGCGAAUCUUAAUGACCGCACUGUGAGUAUACUACUUCGGUAUGACAGAGGAGCUCUGAAAGACAAAAUCACGUUUGCAUCUGGCGAUGGUUCUCGUUUGCGAAGCUUUGCCAUUUAUGAUUUCAAUAAUGACAGCCUAUUGGAUAUCGCCGUUGUUAAUUAUGGUAGUAAUAGCAUAGGUGUCCUUCUCGGACAUGGGAAUGGCACUUUUGAAAAUCAAAUGGUGCUCUCAACGGGCUUAAAUUCUCAUCCUUACUCAAUCGCUAUCCAAGAUUUCAAUAAAGAUGGUCAGGUGGAUAUCGCAGUAGCCAAUUAUGGUACUAACAAUCUUGUUACAUUUCUGGGAAGUGAGAACGGAACAUUUGAAAGUCAAGGAAGUUACGGUGUAGAUUUUGAUUUCGCUCCAUUGGCGAUUGGUGUCGGUAGUUUUAACAAAGAUAAACGUUCAGAAAUUUUUGUCGCCUAUGAUGGUAUCGAUCAUGUCGAUGUACUUGUUACACACAAUAUUGGAUCUUUCCGUCCUCAAAUGAAAUAUUCAACUGGCAUUUUCCCAAACUCUGUAGCUGUUGGUGAUUUCAAUAACGACAUCUAUCUGGACAUCGUUGUCACUAAUCGUCGUGACAACACUAUAAGUAUCCUUCUCGGAUAUGGAAAUGGCUCUUUUGCAGAUCAAACAACAUAUUCAACUGGCUCUUCACCAUACUCUGUAGCUGUUGGCGAUUUUAACAACGACGUCCAUCUGGAUAUCGUCGUCGCUAAUUACGGUGACAACACUAUAAGUGUGCUUCUCGGAUAUGGCAAUGGCUCCUUUAAUGAUCAAACAACAUGUUCAACUGGCACUGGGCCAAUCUCUGUAGCUGUUGGCGACUUUAACAGCGACACUCGACUGGAUAUCGUCGUUGCCAAUCGUUUGAACAACACUAUCAGUAUACUUCUCGGAUAUGGAAAUGGCUCUUUUGCAAAUCAAAUGACAUAUUCAACUGGCUCUUACCCACCGUCUGUAGUUGUUGGUGAUUUUAACAGCGAUACCCGACUGGAUAUCGUCGUUGCCAAUCUUGGGAACAACACUAUCAGUAUACUUCUCGGACAUGGAAAUGGUUCUUUUGCAAAUCAAAGGAAAUAUUCAACUGGCUCUCGACCAAUCUCUGUAGCUGUUGGUGAUUUUAACAGCGACACCCUAUUGGAUAUCAUCGCCGCUAAUUAUGGUGACAACACUGUAAGUGUACUUCUCGGAUAUGGCGAUGGCUUUUUUGCAGAUCAAACGAUCUAUUCAACUGGCUCUGGCCCACAAUCUGUAGCUGUUGGUGAUUUUAACAACGACACCCGACUGGAUAUUGUCGUCGCUAAUUGGAAUGGCAACAAUAUAAGUGUGCUUCUUGGAUAUGGCAAUGGCGUUUUUGUAAAUCAAACGACCUAUUCAAGUGGUUUGAGUCCUGCAUCUGUCGCUGUGGGUGAUUUUAAUAAUGACACCGGACUGGAUAUCAUCGUCGCUAAUGUGAAUGAGGAAAUUGUUAGUGUAUAUCUCGGAUAUCCCAAUGAAGGUUUUCUAAGCCAAAUGAAGCUCAUAACUGGCAAUGCAUCUCAACCUAAAUCAUUCGCCAUGGGAGAUUUUAACAAUGAUGGUCAUAUAGAUGUUGCAGUUGCAAAUUCAGGCAGUAAAAACGUCGGUAUUUUUCUUAGAUAUGGCAAUGGUUCUUUCGGAAAUCAAGUGGCAUACUUAACUGAUUCUUCUCCAUGGUCGGUAGCCAUUGGUGAUUUCAACAACGAUACUAUACUUGAUAUCGUCGUCGCGAAUCAUGACAAUGACAAUGUUGGUAUAUUUCUUGGAUGGGGUCAUGGUUCGUUUUCAAGUCAAAAAACGUUUACAACCGGUUUUAAGUCUCAACCGAACGCGGUUGCUGUUGUGGAUCUCAACAAUGAUACCUUGCUAGACAUUAUUGUCUCCAAUUAUGGCACAAACAAUGUAGGUGUGUUGCUUGGAUAUGGUAAUGGCUCUUUUGCAGGUGUAAAGAUUGUUUCGAUCGGUUAUGGAUCUCUUCCGUUCUCGGUUUCUGUUGGCGAUUUGAACAAUGACGGCAAGUUGGAUUUCGUCGUGGCCAACGAAGGUGCCGACAAUCUAAAAGUUUUCUUACAGACAUGUUAG